GCUUCUAGUGAUCAGCCUUUGUGCUUUUUUCAUAUUUGAAGAUGGUGAAGCUAGAUAUUCAUACUCUGGCUCAUCACCUCAAGCAGGAACGCUUAUAUGUAAACUCUGAGAAACAGCUCAUUCAGAGACUCAAUGCAGAUGUACUUAAGACAGCUGAAAAGUUGUAUCGUACAGCAUGGAUUGCUAAGCAACAGAGAAUUAAUUUGGAUCGGCUAAUCAUAACCAGUGCUGAAGCUUCCCCUGCAGAAUGUUGCCAACAUGCCAAGAUUUUGGAAGAUACACAGUUUGUUGAUGGAUAUAAGCAAUUGGGAUUUCAGGAGACUGCUUAUGGAGAAUUCUUGAGUCGAUUAAGAGAAAAUCCUCGUCUGAUUGCCUCCUCUUUGGUUGCAGGAGAGAAACUUAAUCAGGAGAACACACAAAGUGUUAUUUACACAGUCUUUACCUCCCUCUAUGGCAACUGUAUUAUGCAAGAAGAUGAAAACUACCUCCUUCAGGUUUUGCGAUACUUGAUUGAAUUUGAACUUAAAGAAAGUGACAACCCUAGGCGGCUUUUAAGGAGAGGAACUUGUGCCUUCAGCAUCUUAUUUAAACUUUUUUCUGAAGGACUGUUUUCUGCCAAACUUUUCCUCACAGCUACAUUACAUGAGCCAAUUAUGCAACUGCUGGUUGAAGAUGAAGAUCACCUGGAAACAGAUCCAAACAAGUUAAUUGAGAGAUUCUCUCCAUCUCAGCAGGAAAAACUCUUUGGAGAAAAAGGCUCAGAUAGAUUCAGGCAAAAGGUUCAAGAGAUGGUGGAUUCCAAUGAGGCCAAAUUAGUGGCUUUAGUGAACAAAUUUAUUGGUUAUCUCAAGCAGAACACAUACUGCUUUCCACAUAGUUUGAGGUGGAUUGUGUCACAGAUGUACAAAACCCUCUCCUGUGUAGACCGACUAGAAGUUGGGGAAGUCAGGGCAAUGUGUACCGAUCUCCUCCUGGCCUGCUUCAUUUGUCCUGCAGUUGUCAAUCCAGAACAGUAUGGAAUAAUUUCUGAUGCUCCUAUUAAUGAGGUGGCAAGAUUCAAUCUGAUGCAGGUUGGACGCCUCUUGCAGCAGUUAGCAAUGACUGGUUCUGAAGAGGGAGACCCCAGGACAAAAAGCAGCCUUGGAAAAUUUGACAAAAGUUGUGUUGCUGCUUUUCUUGAUGUUGUCAUUGGAGGCCGUGCAGUGGAGACCCCUCCAAUGUCUUCUGUUAAUCUUCUGGAAGGACUGAGCAGAACUGUGGUUUAUAUAACUUAUAGUCAACUUAUUACACUGGUAAAUUUUAUGAAGAAUGUAAUGUCUGGAGAUCAACUGAGAGAAGAUAGAAUGGCUCUUGACAAUUUAUUGGCAAACCUACCCCAGGCCAAGCCAGGAAAAAGCAUCAGUUUGGAAAUGACACCCUAUAGUACUCCUCAGCUGUCUCCAGCAACCACUCCAGCAAAUAAGAAGAAUCGAUUGCCUAUAGCAACUCGAAGUAGAAGCCGUACCAAUAUGCUAAUGGACCAGCAUAUGGAUCAUGAAGGAUCAUCUCAAGAAACCAUCCAAGAAGUACAACCAGAAGAGGUCUUGGUCAUUUCCUUAGGGACAGGUCCCCAGCUUACUCCAGGGAUGAUGUCAGAAAAUGAGGUCCUAAACCUGCAACUUUCAGAUGGAGGACAAGGAGAUGUCCCUGCCGAUGAAAACAAACUCCACGGUAAACCUGAUAAAACCUUGCGCUUUUCCCUCUGCAGUGAUAAUCUGGAAGGAAUAUCUGAAGGUCCUUCAAAUCGCUCCAAUUCAGUGUCCUCUCUAGACCUGGAAGGAGAGUCUGUAUCAGAACUUGGAGCAGGACCUUCUGGGAGCAAUGGAGUUGAAGCUCUACAGCUAUUAGAGCAUGAACAAGCCACAACGCAAGAUAAUCUUGAUGAUAAACUAAGGAAGUUUGAAAUUCGUGACAUGAUGGGACUAACAGAUGAUAGGGACAUAUCAGAAACAGUGAGUGAGACCUGGAGUACAGAUGUCUUGGGAAGUGACUUUGACCCUAACAUUGAUGAAGAUCGCUUACAGGAAAUUGCAGGUGCAGCAGCAGAGAACAUGUUAGGCAGUUUGCUGUGCCUACCAGGUUCAGGGUCAGUGCUUCUUGACCCCUGCACUGGUUCUACCAUAUCAGAGACAACCAGCGAAGCUUGGAGUGUAGAGGUAUUACCAAGUGACUCAGAGGCCCCAGACCUAAAGCAGGAGGAGCGUCUACAAGAACUGGAGAGCUGUUCUGGACUGGGUAGCACAUCUGAUGAUACAGAUGUCAGGGAGGUCAGUUCCCGCCCCAGCACACCAGGCCUCAGUGUUGUGUCGGGCAUAAGUGCAACCUCUGAGGAUAUUCCCAAUAAGAUUGAAGACCUGAGAUCUGAGUGCAGCUCUGACUUUGGUGGUAAAGAUUCUGUCACUAGUCCAGACAUGGAUGAAGUAACUCAUGGCAUCCAUCACCUGACCUCACCGCCUUCUCAGUCAGAGUCUCUGCUUGCCAUGUUUGAUCCACUGUCUUCACAUGAAGGGGCUUCUGCUGUGGUAAGGCCAAAAGUUCACUAUGCUAGACCAUCACAUCCACCACCGGAUCCCCCAAUCCUGGAAGGAGCUGUUGGAGGAAAUGAGGCCAGGUUGCCAAACUUUGGUUCACAUGUUUUAACUCCAGCUGAAAUGGAGGCAUUCAAGCUAAGGCAUUCUUACCCUGAGAGAUUAGUUCGCAGCAGGAGCUCUGAUAUAGUAUCUUCUGUCCGGCGACCCAUGAGUGACCCCAGUUGGAACCGACGUCCAGGGAAUGAAGAGAGAGAACUCCCUCCAGCUGCAGUCAUUGGUGCUACUUCUUUGGUGGCUGCACCUCACUCAUCAUCUUCAUCCCCGAGUAAGGACUCAUCAAGAGGAGAGACUGAAGAACGCAAAGAUAGUGAUGAUGAGAAAUCAGACAGGAAUAGACCAUGGUGGAGAAAACGUUUUGUUUCAGCUAUGCCUAAAGCUCCUAUACCAUUUAGAAAGAAAGAAAAACAAGAAAAAGACAAAGAUGAUCUGGGGCCUGACAGAUUCUCAACACUCACAGAUGACCCCAGCCCUAGACUCAUUGCACAUGCUCAAGUUGCUGAGGAUAUUCUGGACAAAUACAGAAAUGCUAUUAAACGAACCAGUCCCAGUGAAGGAGCAUUGGCAAACUAUGAAAGUACAGGUGAUAAUCAUGAUAAAAAUUUGAAUAAGCUUUUAUAUCAUAAUAUUAAAGAGGUUAUGGGUGAUGGUGAAAGUGCACAUGAUUCACCUCGUGAUGAAGCAUUGCAAAACAUGUCAGCUGAUGACCUCCCAGAUUCUGCAAGCCAAGCGGCCCACCCUCAGGAUUCAGCUUUCUCUUACAGAGAUGCAAAAAAGAAACUGAGGCUUGCUCUUUGCUCUGCGGAUUCUGUUGCCUUCCCAGUACUAACCCAUUCAAGGAAUGGUUUACCAGACCACACAGACCCAGAAGACAAUGAAAUUGUAUGCUUCUUGAAAGUUCAAAUAGCUGAAGCAAUUAAUUUACAAGAUAAGAAUUUAAUGGCUCAACUUCAAGAAACAAUGCGUUGUGUGUGUCGCUUUGAUAAUAGGACUUGUAGGAAAUUGCUUGCAUCGAUUGCUGAGGACUACAGGAAAAGGGCUCCAUAUAUCGCUUACCUAACUCGUUGUCGUCAAGGACUUCAGACCACACAGGCUCACUUGGAAAGAUUGCUGCAAAGGGUUUUGCGGGACAAGGAGGUGGCCAAUCGCUACUUCACUACUGUCUGUGUGAGGUUACUGCUUGAGAGCAAAGAAAAGAAGAUCAGAGAAUUCAUUCAAGACUUUCAGAAACUUACAGCAGCUGAUGAUAAAACUGCUCAGGUCGAAGAUUUUCUGCAAUUUCUUUAUGGUGCAAUGGCUCAGGAUGUCAUAUGGCAAAAUGCCAGUGAAGAGCAACUUCAGGAUGCUCAGCUGGCCAUUGAACGAAGCGUGAUGAAUCGGAUUUUCAAGCUUGCUUUCUAUCCUAAUCAGGAUGGGGACAUACUUCGUGAUCAGGUCCUUCAUGAACACAUUCAGAGAUUGUCUAAAGUAGUGACUGCAAACCAUAGAGCUCUUCAGAUACCGGAGGUCUAUCUCCGGGAGGCACCGUGGCCAUCUGCACAAUCAGAAAUCAGGACAAUAAGUGCUUACAAAACCCCCCGGGACAAAGUGCAAUGCAUCCUGAGAAUGUGCUCUACUAUUAUGAACCUCCUGAGCCUGGCCAAUGAAGAUUCUGUCCCAGGAGCAGAUGACUUUGUCCCUGUUUUGGUAUUUGUGUUAAUAAAGGCAAACCCACCCUGUUUGCUGUCCACUGUUCAGUAUAUCAGUAGCUUUUAUGCCAGCUGUCUGUCUGGAGAAGAAUCAUAUUGGUGGAUGCAGUUUACAGCAGCAGUGGAAUUCAUUAAAACCAUUGAUGACCGGAAGUGACCAUGACCAAGGCCCACAGAGCCAGCAGACUGUUAAUUGGGCAAACAGAUCUCUGAGAAAAUUUACCAGCUGCUUUGAAGGCUGAAGAUUGCUUUUGUAUAAUAUUGUAUAGUACUCAGACAUUUUAAAACAGAUCUUUACUAAACAGAUUAAUGAACUAACAAGCAGGUUUUCUUUGGGCUCUUUUCCUUUUAGAGUCACAUAUUUUGUUAUUUUUUUGUCCCCUAGUAGAGAAUUGCACUGCAAAAAGGGACCACAUUUUUCAAGUAUUUUGAAAUAUUGAAAACAAAAAUCUCUUAGAAUAUUCCUAGAUCUCCAUCCAUGGAUACAAAUGUUCUUUUUUUUCUUUGAAAAAAAGAAGAGGAGCAGUACACCUCACCUCUUAAGAUGCUGUCUGAUUUGUUUGCAUCUAAUGGAAGAAAAAUGCCAGUUGCACUGAGUAUUGUAAUAAUGGUGACAUUAGUGGCAUUAUCUAUAAAUAUACUCCCCUAAAUAGAAAAGCUAAGAAGGAAGUGUAAAUAGAACAUAUAUUUAUAUUUGAUGUAAUAAGGAUAUCUUCAGAUUCUAGUAAAUAAGGAAUAUUGCUG